AUGCCCGUCCAAGUCAAUACUUCUAUCGAGAUCUUGGCCCCGGCUUCCGUUAUCUGGGAUAUUCUGUGUGACUUCGAGCGGUAUCCAGAGUGGAACGCCCUGUUUUCGAACAUACGAGGCGAACUAGCGUUGGGUGCGACGCUCACUGUGGAGCUCGAUAGCGGUUGGCGAGGGCGGCGUUUUCGCUCAAAGCUGACCCAGCUACGUACAGGCAACGAGCUCACCUGGGAGCGAAAACUAGUCUUUGGAUGGGUCUUUAGGGGUAGGCAUUCUUUCCGGAUCGAGCCUACCACGAACGGAUGCCUCUUUACGCACACCGCGAGUUUCUCAGGUAUUACUGCCGAUGUCUUUCCCAGCGGUCGGUUUCGAAAGCGGCUGCUGCGGGACUUUGAAGCGUUCAACCAUGGACUCAAGUCGCGCGCUGAGCAAAUGGCGCGAACAGACGUACCCUCGCCGCCUGCCGCAGAGUAA